AUUGAAGCGCAGUAGCCCGUUCGUCGCUUGUCACAGCGAAAGCCGCUGCCCUUCUGCUGACUACUUUCUUUUUGGUGCUGCUGUCUGUCGUCGCUGCUGAUAAAUUCAGAUCAGUCAUCAUGUCCAUCUUAAAAAUCCAUGCUCGUGAAAUUUUUGAUUCCCGCGGCAAUCCCACUGUAGAAGUAGAUUUGUACACCAAAAAAGGUCUUUUCAGAGCUGCAGUCCCAAGUGGUGCUUCCACAGGAAUCUAUGAAGCCUUGGAGCUCCGUGAUAAUGACAAAACCCGUUACCUAGGAAAAGGGGUUUCCAGAGCAGUAAAGUAUGUAAAUGAGUUCUUGGGACCAGCUUUGUGUAAUCAGAAUGUAUCUGUGGUUGAGCAAGAAAAGAUUGAUAAACUGAUGCUGGACAUGGAUGGCACUGAAAACAAAUCCAAGUUUGGUGCUAAUGCCGUCCUGGGUGUUUCCUUGGCGGUGUGCAAGGCUGGUGCUGCAGAGAAAGGGGUUCCACUUUACCGCCACAUUGCAGACCUGGCUGGAAACUCAGAGGUCAUCCUUCCAGUCCCAGCUUUUAAUGUCAUCAAUGGUGGCUCUCAUGCUGGAAACAAGUUGGCAAUGCAGGAGUUCAUGAUCCUUCCAGUUGGGGCUAGCAGCUUCAAAGAAGCCAUGCGCAUUGGGGCUGAAGUGUACCAUAAUCUGAAGAGUGUCAUCAAAGAUAAGUAUGGAAAAGACGCCACCAAUGUUGGAGAUGAGGGUGGUUUUGCCCCUAACAUCCUGGAAAACAAAGAAGCCCUGGAGCUGCUGAAGAAUGCAAUUGCCAAGGCUGGAUACUCAGACCAAAUAGUGAUUGGAAUGGAUGUUGCUGCUUCUGAAUUUUACAAACAAGGCAAAUAUGACUUGGACUUCAAAUCACCUGACAAUCCCAGCCGAUACAUCAGCCCAGACCAGUUGGCUGACAUCUAUAUGGAAUUUGUCAAGAACUACCCAGUUGUUUCCAUUGAGGAUCCAUUUGACCAAGAUGACUGGGAAGCCUGGACAAAGUUCACAGCCAAAGCAGGAAUUCAAGUAGUUGGAGAUGAUCUCACAGUGACAAACCCCAAACGUAUUGUCAAAGCCGUGAGUGAGAAAUCCUGCAACUGCCUGCUGCUUAAAGUCAAUCAAAUUGGCUCCGUCACUGAGUCACUGCAGGCAUGUAAACUGGCACAGUCCAAUGGCUGGGGAGUCAUGGUUAGCCACCGUUCUGGAGAGACUGAAGACACCUUUAUUGCCGAUUUGGUAGUUGGGUUGUGCACUGGACAGAUUAAGACUGGUGCUCCUUGCCGAUCUGAACGUUUGGCCAAGUAUAACCAACUGCUGAGGAUUGAGGAAGAGCUUGGAGCUGGUGCUCGCUUUGCUGGAAGAAACUUCAGAAACCCCCUCACCAACUAAAGCCUGCUGUGUGCUUUCUCAUAUUUUACUUACCACCCCAACAGCAGAAGGGCAGCUGUAUAAAGGACACCUGGUGGUCAAGAAUCUUUUUUUUUUUUUUUUUUGACCACAGCAAACAUCCCAAAUUGUUUAAACCUGCUGCUUCUUAGAACUGCGGCUUAAAAUGCAGUUGGUCUGUACUUUUGUGUAUUUCGUAUUGUGUGAGGGAGUGACCCUUGAGCUAUUUGUGAGUACUGUGCGGUUCCAUAGUCUAUUUUAACAAAGUGAGAGCAGAGUCUAUAUGUACAUCUUGGCAUAUGUCCGAGACUAUAAUUUUAGCAAAACUAAGAGUCUAUAUGUACCAAGUCUGAGAGACUAAUGUUAAUGUUUGUGUGGCAAAUAAACUAUUACUUGGCCCAUGAAA